CCAAGUUUAGUCGCGUCGCAGCCAUCGAAGGGUUUGUUCGUGUUUUUACUUGCGUCUGUUCGCCUGCCUGCCUGCCUGUGCUCAGAUAGCAAGAGAGAGAGUGAGAGGAGCCUGUUAUUCGUUCGUAUAGUAGUUGUUGGUUGGUUGAUUGUGGUUAGCUUUUCCUGCUUCCCCGUCAACACAGUGUGGAUCCGUUCGUCAGUGCCGUGGAGGAGCAGCAGUAGCAAACAAUAGCUCGUGUCGUGCGCGAAUACACAAACUAAGGCCGGAGUAGCCUUUUGUCGGUCGUCGGUCUUCUGUCCUGUUCGAAGUCCCUAAAUGCCUGACUAUCCGGCAGUUUGUAGUAUGCAGAAGGGUGUGUAGUACCACAGUACACUGCACGUAGUGUGUAACAGAAAAGAGAAGUAAAACAGAGGAAUCCUGUUGGAAGGAUAAAAGUAGAAAAAAAAACGGACGACGCCAAGGGAGCGGAAGCAGGCAAUCGUCGUAAAUUUCUAUGUGUUCAGUAGUUUUCGUUUCUAAAAGUGAAGGAAAUCGACUGUUACCCUCAGGCACCGAUUCAAUCAAUUCAAUGCCACUAGAAGUAUUGUAAUGAGUAGUGUAAAUUAGAAAAGUUUUGAAGAACGAAACUUUGUGACAAGAUACAGCCCGUUUAGUACACGGAAGUGCGCAGGUAUCCCGUGAGAUCAUGAAAAAAGCAUGAUAAUUAGGGCAAUGUGGUUCACGACUUGGUGAAGAAUAUUCGCGGUUUGUGCCGGAGAGCAUGAAAAGGAUUAACAGUCACAAAGGAAGGGUUCGAUCGGUGUGGCGGUUAUGAGCUUGUGAAGUCGUUUCCAUAAAACGCAUAUAUUUGUUGUUCAGUUUUAACCCUUCCUCGAGAGUUUUAAAUCUCAGAAGCACACAAAAAAGCCAGUGAAUAGUACAAAUUUUCGAUUAAGUAUUUCUGUUCCUUUAUAAGUAAUUUAUUUCGCUAGUAUCGGAAAAAAAAAAGAACCAAUACCGUAAAGUGUGAUAUCGUAGAGAGAAACAAAAGGCUCGGAUAACGUGAGAAGCAAUCAACUGUACCACCAACUUCCUGAACUAGUAUUGGAUACUCCACACAGCUAAAAGUCAUCUAAAUGGAAUUAGCACGUAAAAGAUAUAAAAGUAGCCGGGGUCCGGUGCUAAGGUCAAGCGAACGUCGCCGUCCACAAAGUAUAUCAUCAUCCACCUCCACACUGCUGCCCCGCGUGGUGCUGAAUCGUAUCGAUCCCCGUGAGUUCGAGCGUAUUCGCGUCUCUUACAAGGUUGCCAUCCGAAGCACCCGCAGCAGUCGCACCAGCAGUAGUGUUCACACUGGUAUGAACAUGGGCCAAAAGAUCAGCGGAGGUGUUAAAACGGUCAGCAGCCGUGACCAACCAUCGCCAUUCAUUCCGAAGAUUCCUCGCGAACUAGCGGCACAUUUCCAGCGGCCAGCACGUCUCGAUCUCCUGCUUGAUAUGCCCCCGGUAGCAAGGGAAACACAGGUCAAAUAUUCCUGGAACUCGGAGGAUCGCUCGCUAAAUGUAUUUGUGAAAGAAGACGACAAGAUGACAUUCCACCGGCAUCCGGUGGCACAGAGCACAGACUGUAUACGAGGCAAGGUGGGCUUCACCAAGGGUCUCCACGUGUGGGAAGUGUUUUGGUCGACGCGGCAGCGAGGUACUCAUGCUGUGAUCGGUGUUGCCACAUCCGAGGCACCACUUCACUCCGUAGGUUAUCAAAGUCUGGUUGGCUCGAACGACCAGAGCUGGGGCUGGGACCUGGGGCGCAAUAUGCUGUACCACAACUCCAAAACCUGCCCGGGUGUGACGUAUCCUGCGAUACUGAAACCAGACGAGACCUUCCUAGUGCCGGACAAAUUUCUGGUAGCGUUAGAUAUGGACGAGGGAACGCUUAGUUUCAUCGUUGACGGCCAGUAUCUGGGAGUGGCGUUCCGGGGGCUCAAGGGACGGAAGCUUUACCCGAUCGUGUCCGCCGUCUGGGGACACUGUGAAAUAACGAUGAAGUAUAUCGGUGGUCUCGAUCCUGAACCGCUGCCACUGAUGGAUCUGUGCCGACGAGUCAUCCGCCAAAAGAUCGGCCGGACGCACCUAGAGGAGCGCAUCGAACACCUCCAACUGCCGCAGUCGAUGAAAACCUACCUGCUGUACCGGGAUCGAAGAUAAUAGACAACCCAAAAGCCGACUACUAAUUAUUUAAUGAAAAUAAUUAUUAUCGCUUACUAUUAUUAUUAUUGGCUAGAUAUUAAUUUCUCCUCGGAUUAACAAACCGAUAAUUAGGGUACACAAAUUUUCUUUGGUCGUAUUUCGGCUACGAUGUAUGUGUAAUCGACUACGUUUUAGGGAAAGCGUUCUGUCUGAGUUUUCAGGAUAGGGAAAUGAGAGAGAGAUAGAGAGAGAUAAAAGAAUCGAUAAAAGUUUUCAGUUCUGUUCGCUUGUUGGCAGAAUAAUUUCCGUCACUCCCACAAUCUCAUUUUUUUAAUAUACGGACUCUGCGAUAAGUAAAUCUUAAGGAAAAAAUAGUAACACUAGGAGAAACACUAAAAAAAAAACAGAUGCAAAGUAACAAAAAAUUAAUUAUAUAUAUAUUGGAGAAAAGUAUAUGGAAAAGGCAAAAAAUAUUUUCACUUUUAAAAUGCUGUAAAAAAGGAAGGAAAAAAAUGUAAGAUAGAUCAAAUUGAAAUCAAAAAGCGCAAGGAACCACUUUUUUGAUUUUAGCAAUUGUAAAAAAUUAAGAGAGGAAAAUGGCUGACUUUCCCUUCCAAAUCCCCUGAAACAACCUCCCCCCGAUGUAUUCCUUUGAGUAAGCUCAGCAAACGCACGAUGUGUUCUGUUCUAUUAAGCUUUUAAACUGUAACAUAUGUCGUCACAAUACAGAAAUACAGAAACUGUUUAACAAAAUCACGAAAAAAAAGAAGUAAACAACUACACAAGAAUAGUGAAGCAAACCAAUCGUUACUUUUUGCAUUUAUCAUCCUCCGAGGUUUGGGAUGAUUAAUAGCCACUCCUAGGCCGAGAGUGAUCUGUUCUUCCAAAUAUUUGAAAAAGAAUAUACCAUCUUUUGAAAUAUGCUAGUAAAGAGGCCAGAUAAAUUAUUUAUUUACAAUACAGAACUACCGACAGAACAAUAUUUCUACGAUCGCAGGCCUCCAGCAGGAUCUAGGAGUCGGUUUGGUGGAUAGAUUACAACUGGAAACAGAGGCUUAAACGAGACGCCACUGUCUUCAUUCAAUUCAUGAGAUCAUCACAGUCAAGACUGUCGUCUGGAAUGAGCCCUUCGUUCAGUGCUGAUUCAACUACCAGAACCGAUUCUCUCAUUCAAGAGUCUGAAUCACGAUAAAUAGGAAAUAAAAAAAUAAACAUCACCAACAGAAACUUUAUCUGAAAUCGAAGAAGAACAAAGUAACGAGAAAUUCUCCCGACACCAGGAAGUGUUAAACCGAUUUGGCAUUUCUUUCUUUUUGUAGGAAUUUAUUCGAAUGACUUCAAGAGAGUGGAGAAGUAUAGAAUGAAAAAUACAUCAGUAGAAUUGAAUGCAACAAACAACAAGGAUAAGACAAACAAGAAAUCCGUGUGAUUUUUUAUUAUUUGAAGUGAUUUAAAUUUAGAUUGAGUAAUUACAACUUUAUUAAAACUAACACGAAAAGUGAGAAGAUGAGAGUGAGUGAAUGAGGAAUUACAUAUAGGAUGCAGAAAACAUACACAAACGAGUAUAAUAACUUAGCAUGGUGAGCGAGUACAUUAGGAAAACUGUAGUUUUAUAAGAAUAUCCAAUUGGGAAUGUGCGCGAGGCAUCCGAGUAGGCGGACAACAAAAGUCCGUUUCUUUCCAAUUUCGGUGGCUGCGAGUGGUUGAACGUGAAUGCGAGAGGCUCGGUCAGUGUGGGACUAUUCUAGCAGUAUAAAGCAAACAAGUUAAACAACACAAAACUAUCGAAACUCGUACGAAAGUCAAACAAAUCACUGAAUACUUUGAUUAUCAUUGGAAUAAAAACGAAAAAUAUGUAGAAACCGAAUAAGACGCAAAAAGGGUUUCGGUCGACCAACUUAAGCGAAUGUUUGGGUUAUGGACUCUUACUUUCGGAGAGCAUUAUCCUUUCACGAAUCUGAACGACACGGGCUAGGACUAGUAAAAUGGCACAUGAAGCAAACAAGGUCGACUAGAAGCACUGAACAGCAUUAAUGAGAAUAAUUUGAAUAAAACCUCGUCUCUAAUUUCUCUUCUUCAGUUUUAUUUUGGCAAAAAUAUUCGGCAGUCAAUCUCAAUAUCCGAUAAACGGAUACCGUUCUGAGUUGUACCUUCUGCAGGGCCGUAACGGGCAGUAAUCGAUUAUUUAUUGUUAACUGGAAAUUCUUGUUGCCAUAAAUCAAACUGAUACAACACUGUAGUUACUGUGAAUUGCCAAAAGAAACAGGAAUAACAUUGCAGUCGGUGCAGCUCAGACUUCAAAGUUUUUAGUAUUUUUAACAGAGAACAUUCUCGUUUCGCGAAAGUAACGACAAAAAUUACAAAAACAGAAUUGUGAAGUGAUUUGAUUUAUAUUUUAGGUUUCCUUGUAUAAAAAAUCUUUCUUCUGUUUACCUUUUGCUUUGUUCAAUUUAUUUUCAUUUUUGAUUAUAUAGUAUAAAAUGCUUAAAACAAGAGAAAUAGUCAAAAUAUAGAUAAAUGAUUUUUAUAUGAAUGCCUUCAGAGUUUUAUUGAUUUCCAAAUCCUUAAUUUUUUUUUGUUUCCAUUAGUUGUUAGUACUACUCAGCAUGCAUUGGAUAUACUUCUUUUGGGAAUUAACAAUAACGAACAUCGUUCACGCCUGUUGGUAUACAGCAGGAAAAAUAGAACGAUUUAGGCUGCGUACGUUUCGGGUCGAGCCUACGGAUAUGCAACCGAGCAAACCUCGUAGAAAACGCCAUGUGGAAUUCCAUAAAAACGUAAUGCAUUCACUGCUCAUUACCUCCAUCGGUCGUAGAAAAACACGCCCACCCGCAAUAUACGGCAUAACUCGAGUUUUUCUUCUGUGACGAGAUUCCGCAAACGCGGUCGGAACAAUUCUAGUCUAACCAGAAUGAUAGAGAAGAUGUGUGUGUGUAUGUAUGUGCAAGAACAGGAAAAGAAUCGAUUCACAGGAACUCUCCAGCAAUUCUUAAUCAUUUUAAGUAGAAUAAAUACGCGCAAACUAAUACCAAACUGGAAAUCAUUCCCAGAUAUGCCAAGUUACGUGGGCAGAACGUGCGAAUAACAGGACCGAACUGAGUAUUAUCUGUACUGUAACAUUCGCUAAUAAUUCAAGUAUAGGUCAAACGCUAACUUAACAACUUGCAACGAUUUCUGCACAUCCAGGGAACAUCAGAGACCUAAACAUAGACAGGCACCAAGCAGAACUACACUAACUAGCUCAGCAGAUAAAUAGGCAAAUGAGUAGACACUAGACAGAGAGAGAGAGAGCUAUCCAAGAGCAGGUGCAAACAAUUUGGACCGCUAAACGAUAUUCAAUCUAAUAUGUAAAACAGAAGUAUGCUACCAGACAAAUGAAAUAAACAGUUCAAGUUGAAAUGAUCCUAACCAAUAACUGUAACAUUACGCAAGCUGCUGAACACAGACAGGAAGUAAUGAUGAUAAUUCUUCAAACAGGAUAAGCAUUAUGGUAUAUGAUAACAAGAAAAAAGUAAACAAUAAAUGUCUUUUUGUAUAAAAACUGAUUAUUAAGAAAUAAAACAAUAUUAUAAAAUUUG